AUGCAUCGGAGCUCUUGGUAGAUGCGAUGGUUUUUGAGCCGCUUCCCUAUAGGUCGGCAAUGGAAGAUGGUUGCACGGAUGUGGUGGUGCUCUGCACCCGUCCCGAGGGGAGCCAGGUGCUUGGCAAGAAACCGAGUAUCUACGAGUCGCGCGUGGUGAAGAAGUUUUUCGAGCAGCACGACGACCCCGACACCACGUCCGGGAUCAGCAAUUAUUUGCAACAGCUGGAGCACCUCAGGGUGUACGCCGAAGACGCGCUGGUCCUUGGCGAAGGAUCUCGGACGGGGGUUGCGCAGGCGGCACCGAAGGGGGGAGCGGGGGAGGGGCGAGAAGCGUUUCUGCUGGCGAUCGCGCCGGCGGCGGCGUCCAAAGAGGUCGGCCAGUUAGAGAUGGACCGGAGGGUGAUCCUCCAGGGGUGCAGAGACGGGUUCGCCGCUUGCUACGAUGCCUUCGUUGGCCCCGCCAAGUCUUUGGCGGCAGCUGCGGCGGACGACGGAGCGGACGUGGUCGGCCCGUUGGCACGGUCGGGCGCGGAAAUGGCUCUUGAGUAUUUCCCGGACUCGUUGCUCUCUACACUUGCGGACAUCAACGCCACUUACCUGGAGACGGGGCAUUUGAUUUCGGACAAUCAGGGGCAGGGUUUGUUUUCGCCCUUGCCUCCUCUUGCGCGGACGACGGCGGCGGAGGCGUCGGGAGGCGCUGGUGGUGGUCGUGGUGGGUCCGGGAGGUCGUGGCUCGGCCGUAACAACGGCGGGGGCGCUUCUUCUCCUUCACCGCUGAAGACUUCGCCGUCAGAUGGAAGGCGGGGCCUGCUGCGGCGACUGCUUUCACGAAGCAAGCUGAGACGAAAGUCGCGUGCUUCUUCCUCGAGGUUCGCCGCUCUUGCCCCUGCUCCAGCGGAAGCUGUGGUGACGGGAGGUGCCGAGAGUGUGAGCGCCGCUGCCGCCGCAGCGGACCCAGCGAGGUAGCGGUGCACGGGUUAUAGCUAUGGCGUCGUGGUGUUGCGCAGUGAAACAGGUGUGGUAGGUCCCUCGUAGCCAGGCAGGCGGGGGAGUUUCACGGGCGAUUGGAAACCCGCGACGUUUUCGGCCGUACUGCUGUGGUUGGAGGGUAGCCGGAGUGUCGUGUAUUUUGCCAUAGUUUCAUUUGAUGGGCUUGAGACUAUGCACAAGUGGGGCGAUGGAGGGCAAGUGAACUGCUCGAGACAUCAUUUCGCCCCCUGGCAAUAUAUUCUCGCCAACUGUCGUGAAACGUUUUCAUGAACGCUUUUGAGCGAAUUUUGGGGCUGUUUCCCGCAAUUGUACGUUCGCCGGCCUCCAACACUUCUACAUUAAACAUAAGCUUGUAGGUGGCUUGUUGCUUUUUUUAUGGCGUUUCCAGGUUCGAUAUGUUUUUGUUGUACUUUUCAAGGGGGUUGGGCGUUUCACGACAGCAGGUGUCGAGCCCUCUGUCCUCUGUCCGUUUCUGAGUUGCAGGAACACCAACAUGCAAUGACGGCACCACCGAGCUGGGCGUCGUUAGCGCUCGGUCGGGCUCUUGAUGUCCUCGCCGAGGACUGUCGGUCUCAAGCUACCGGACGGAGCAUAUAUAUUUUGUGCAAGCCGGGAAAUUAAUCCGGUCCCUCUCGAAGGUGUGAUGGCUGACAGCCUUAGCUUUCUUUCCGUCCUGUUGCUUUCCGUACGUUUUGUUUUUAGUCUUGUCAGUUUAUAGCAUUGCUGUGUGGGGGGUGGGGAGUGGUGGCGGCUUUGCGCACAUGUUGAUAUGUUUUUGCGCUUGUGUGCCGUCUCUGCGGGACCGGGGGGGCUACUCUUAUGUUUGGCAUGCCUUAGCGGUUA